AUACACAACUACUGGAAAUCAGGGACUGCGCUGCGAAUACAGUACGAGAAAAAAAACAUUGCUUUUAUUUCGCGAUAGCCUAUUAAACAUUUCAUAGCCUACACAAUUGACGUUCGUUAUUGGUUAUUUUGUUAUUCGCCAGUUGCUUGAACAUCACAUGGAGAGUGGUCUUUGCUAGGAAACACCUGGCAAAAUGUCUACAUUAUAUUACUCGCUUUGGAGCCAAUAAACUGAACCUAGCACACACAACACAAGCACUUUACCUCUGAUGGCCUCCUUUUUUAAACAAUUAAGACUUCUUCUCUGGAAAAAUGGACUGGGUGUUAUCAGGCAGCCAGCUUGGUCUGUUGCUCUCCUCAUCUGGCCUCUUGUCAUCUUUAUCAUCUUGGCCAUCACCCGUUCACAGUUCCCUCCGAAACUCAAAGACACAUGCUAUGUGGCCCCACGAAACCUUCCGAGCACCGGGUUUUUCCCUUUCCUGCAGACGCUUAUGUGUAACACAGACAGUUCCUGCACCAACAAAUCCUACCUAGCAGAAGGACAGUCUAGAACUUUCUGGCACAGAGGCAAUCGCCGCCGCAGGGAUACCGAAUCUUACAGUUUACCAUCACUACUUGAAGGUCUACCUUCACUGGCCCAUCUCCAGAAGGGUGGCCUGGUUCAUUCAAUACUUAAAAGGGACACAUCAGAUCAUCCAGAACUCCUAGAGAUAUGGGAUCGAGUACUCAAUUCAAGCCUUGAGACGAAUCCCAAUGUAACCUCAUUCAUGGAAGAUUUAAACAACACUGCACCCCUUAAUCAGGAGGCAAUGGAAGCUAUUUGGGAGUCAGUGAGCGUUUUGAAAAAAUCCAUCUGCAGCUUCUCCUUGACUUCCGUUAACAUAUCAAACAGUUCCCAGGCAGAUUUAUUCACAAACGGUCUUAUAAACUUCUGCAAGUCCAACAACACUGUUCUUGAAGCGACUUUGCUUACCAUGAACCAGGUGCUGACAGACAUGUUGCUAAAUAACCCAGCAGAAGUGUUGCAUACGGUUGGGGAGACGGUGGUGGUGGUAGAUACGCUUCAGACGGAAAAGUCAGUGUGGGACUUCUUGCUGGGCUUGCCUGAUGUCUUCCUAAAGCCCACAGAUCAAGAGAAGCUAACAACCGCAGGAGAGGAAUUGGAAAAUCUGAAAAAAGUCUUGAGUUUUGCUGAGAUGAUUUUGCCCCAGGCAAAUGUUUCUACCUCCUUUAUGAACCCAGUCCUUGAGAAAGGCAUUGGCAUUUUCAACUACACCAGUUCUUGGCAAGGAAGAGAUGUAUACAUCAAAAUGAGUGAUAUUGUGACACUGGACAGCAUUCUUUCAAACAACACAGUUAUAACAGACCUUAUCAGUAAAAUCCAGAUUCCUCUGGAUAAGGUUACUGUGCUGCUCAACGAAAAUGACUUUCGUACGUUUUUGAGCGACAAUUACAUCACUUCCUCCUACAGUUGGAGUUGGGAAGCGGGCCAGAUAUUUCAAAGGAUAAAUAAGGGGAAGGUUGCUCAGCAGAUGCUGUUGGCCUGGAGUCAGGGCUCUUCUUCAGCAGACGUGGCUUUUGUUAAAGAGUUGGUGAGCAGCUUCUUGGGCCUUGUUUCUCCAGCAAGCUCUGGUGGUGUUUCCGAAAGCAGCAGGCCCUCACGCAGCACCAAUGAUGCAGAACCAAGGACCCUGAUGGAACAAAUAAUCCUCGGGAUCGGCAAUACAGCAUUUGAUCUAUUACGUGGAAUACCUGGAUGGGAAUACAUUCAGACUUUCCUGAUGAGUGGCCAUUCAUCCAUGCAGAUUGCAAGUGUUGCAAUGGAAGUCCAGCUGCCAUUCAUUAAACUGGUCCUGAGCGACGCCAACCGUGUCCAGGAGCUUUUCCUUUCCCUGGCUCAGAAUGAGACAUUUGCUAAUGCCUGGGCUGAUCAUGUCAUGGACUCCGUUGAGCAAACUCUGGUCAAGGUUUUCGAAGGCAAUACUAACUGCAGCGAUCUUUAUACUCCCUGGGCAUGGAUGUCAGCAUACAUCUCUAUAGACCAUGACCUUUGGGACACUUUGGUUUGCUCUGGAAAUGACACAAGUCUUGAGCAAAUAUUGAUGACAUCACUUUCUCCUGUAGCUGAAAAGGUUCAACAGUUGGUCGGUAUAGUAGGUGGAAAUGUAACGUAUAAUGUCACACCCUCCGUGAUGUUGGCAGAGUGGCACCAAAUAUUCACAACAUCCUCAAAUUAUGGCGCUGCCCUACAAUAUCUGGUAACUGGGCUUGGUCAGAAAAACAUUACAGCAUGGAUUACAGAGCAAAUGCCAGUUCAUUUGUCCCAGAUUCUUCUCACCAGGGGUUUGGACACAAUUAAAACCGUGGGCUCUAUGCUGGAGAAUAGCUAUCAGUGGCCCUCUAUUGAACCGUACUUUAACAUGGCUUAUUGGAUUAUGAACUACCAACCAAAUGUCACGACAUCACCAAACUGCAUGCUUGGUUCAUCUGGCCUUACAUGUCAGACCGGGUUUACUUGGGAAACAUUUGUGCCAUUAAUCCAGACAAUGAUCUCUGAAGUAUCAAGCAAUCCUGCCGGCCUGCUGAGACCUAUCCAGGGAACAGUGGCUCUCUUGGAAAGUGUCUACCAAGACACAUACAUGUCACUGUUGCAACGUGUUCUUGUCAGCAAUUCCAGCAGUUACAAGUUACCGCAAGACCUGAUGAUGAAUCUCAUCAAUACAGUACAUAAGGAAAUUCAGCUUCUUUCCAAUAUCGAAUCCACCGAGCAGUUUGACACUCAGCUCUCACAAACGCUGUUAAAUGACAUCUUGGCAGCUCUUGGACUGGGACAGCUGGAGGACCUCUUGUCAGGUGGUUACCCCAUAUCCAGCUUCAAUCCAGUUCUUCAGAACCUUCUUCAGUUCCUGAGAAACGACUCCGUCCAGAUGCUACAAAACGAGGGAGGGUUUGCAGUUCUAAAUGAAGUUUUGAGCCAACUCGGAGCCGUUCUGCCACCACAGCAACAGGAUCAGUUAGAAGCGGUGCUCAAUUACACUCAUGCCCUGAUUGGAGAUCUGGAGAUCUGCUCAGCUGUUGAUCAUAACUGUUCUAAUGAUGUCCUAAACGUGUUUGGUCUUCUUAACAUCGUUUCUCAACUUUCAAAUGACACUAAUAUUGAAAACUUAGCCCUUAAUAGUAACAUGACUCUGUCUGUUGUUGGCGAUGUAUUAUCUCUUAUCCUGCCUUGGAGCAUGUCACUACCACCAAAUUCCUCCAUGGAGAUCGUCAGUAAGGUCCAACAUCUUCUCAAGCUGAUUUAUGCAUCUACUAAUGCCAAUUCAACAAGCAUCACUGAGGCGCUACAACUCUCCAAUCUCACUAUUUAUGAAUUACAACAAAUCUCUGAUGUCAUCAACAUCUAUAACUGGUCAGCAGUUAACACCGUACUAGAUCCUUUGGCCAUCAUCAAUAUGAUUGGUCAAACCCCACAGUGCCUAAAUGAUCCAACCAUUCUCCAAUCUUCUCAAGGACCACCUUUCUACGGAGAGGCUGACUGUGUUCUUCAGUUCAUUCAGACCGCUGUUGGUUCACUACCUGUGGCAAAGGAAAUUCAAACAACUCUUGUAGACUGGCUCAACAUCACUGCUGGUGAAUUAAGGAACCUGUCAAAUCCUGAAACUGACUCACUUGCAAUGACAGAAGAGGUUUUGACAACAACCCUAUCAACCAUUAGACAAAAUCUUCAGAGUCUACAUGUGGACAACAUGACUAUGAUUACUGGUGAGCUUGACGUUCUGGAAAACCUCUUGAAAGAGUUUUUCAACGAACGCUAUCCGUAUUACACCAUUAACUCUCCAAUGAUGGCUCAGGGACAGUAUGCACAGAAAGUGUAUGAAAACAUCACACUGUGGUACCUAAACAAACUCGAAAAUGCCACCAGCGGCAGCACAUUUGCAGAGAUUCUCCAACCCCUGAUUCACAUGACGAAAAUGCAUGUGGAACUCAUCAGUUCAGAAAUGGAGAAGCAAACAAUGAUAAUGAAUCAGAUCCAAAACUUGAUAGUCAAUGUGAAGGUUCCUCUAGAUAGUGAAGAUCUUAUGCAAGUUGGCAAUACAGUCAUGACCAUAUUGCAUGGUGAGCUGGAACGGAUUAAAACAAACCUUCAAAUCCAUCAGGCACUCUUUGAUUCCACUGGCUCCCCAGUGAACGCUAGUUUUCCAACUGAAAUCGAAGCUCAGAUCAUGACUUACCUCAACUUGACAAAAGAUUGGAUCACUAAUCCGCAACUGACAACGGCACUUGCCAAAAUCUUCCAAUGGAACAUGAGCUCUAUUGAUAUUACAACACCUGGGAUUGAUCUGGAGCAUCUCAUUCAAGCCAUGGCCCCCCUGUUCCCCACUGAAGAGCAAUCUUUCCUUGCUGUUGCCGACAAGGUUUCUCAGGCAGUAAACUAUGCUAUCCAUGUAGCUAACACGGAUGGUGGUCUCCAGAGUGAAAACUUCAUCAAAGCAAUUGCCAGUACUGUGAAUGUGGUUUUGGAGAGCAUGUCUAAUGAGACAGGACCUCUACCUCAGGAUGUGAUUCAAGGUAUACUUGGUGCUUUUCAGGGUUCACUCCAACUGAUCCUGAACCCAAAUGCACAAACUGGAAACCUCACACAGGAGACUAUUAAUCAAGUGAAUGGAGUAAUGCAAGCUCUCUUGCCAGUGGAGGCAAAUCAGGUGCUGGUUCCCAUCUCAAACAUCCUUUUCGCCUAUUUGCCGACUUUCUUGCAACCUGGUGGACCUGGAAAUUGGACUGAAGUAAUUCCAAAUGUGAUGACAGAUCUUCAGGAUUCACUGCCGUCAAACAGCACGGCGCAGUCCAUCGUUUCCAUGUUGCUAAACGUCACAGAUUUCAUUCUGAACCCAAAUGGGGACAACAUGACAGAAGACUGGAUUGUUAAUCAACUGAAAAGCAUAUCUAAUGAGACAGUAGAUCUACCUCUGGAUGUGGUUCACAACAUUCUCGGUUGUUAUUAUGGUUUCCUUCAGUUGAUUGUAAACCCCAAUAUAAGUUUUGCUGAAGCUACCAACCUCACGCUGGACCAUGCCCAGAAGUUGGAUGAAGUACUUCAUGCUCUUUUGCCUAUGGAGGCAACUGAAGUGUUGGUUCCCAUCAUCGAUAGCUUUUUCAGCUAUCUGAAUAACAUCUCCCAACCUGGUGCAACUGAUGACUGGGAUGAAAUUACACUAAAUAUGAUUGAAGAACUCCAGAAUUCCCUGCCAUCAAACAACACAGCACAGCCCAUCAUAUCCAUGUUUCUAAACAUCACAGAAAGCUUUAUAACUGUUCUUGACCAGAUCCAAGUAGCUAACACCGAUAAUGGUCUCCAAAGUCAAAACUUCAUCGAAGUCAUGAUCAGUGCUGUGGAUGUGCUUCUGGAGAGCGUGUCGAAUGACACAGCACCUCUACCUCAGGAUGUGAUUCGUGGUAUUUUUGGUGCUUUUCCUGGGCUACUCCAACUGAUCCUGAACCCCAAUAUGAGCAGUGCACAAUCUGGAAACCUCACACAGGAGACUAUUAAUCAAGUGAAUGGAGUAAUGCAAGCUCUCUUGCCAGCGGAGGCAAAUCAGGUGCUGGUUCCCAUCACAAACAUCCUUUUCGCCUAUUUGCCGACCUUCUUGCAACCUGGUGGACCUAAGAAAUGGCAUGAAAUGAUUCCAAAUGUGAUGACAGAUCUUCAGGAUUCACUGCCAUCAAACAGCACAUCGCAGUCCAUCGUUUCCAUGUUGCUAAACGUCACAGAUUUCAUUCUGAACCCAAAUGGGGACAACAUGACAGAGGAGUGGAUUGCUUACCAGCUGACAAGCAUAUCUAAUGAGACUGUAGAUCUACCUCUGGAUGUGGUUCACAACAUUCUUGGUUGUUAUUAUGGUUUCCUUCAGUUGUUUCUUAACCCCAAUAUAAGUUUCGCUGAAGCUACCAACCUCACGCUGGACCAUGCCCAGAAGUUGGAUGAAGUACUUUAUGCUCUUUUGCCUGUAGAGGCAACUGAAGUGUUGGUUCCCAUCACCAAUAGCUUUUUCAGCUAUCUGAAUAACAUCUCCCAACCUGGUGCAACUGAUGAAUGGGAUGAAAUUACACUAAAUAUGAUUGAAGAACUCCAGAAUUCCCUGCCAUUGAACAACACAGCACAGCCCAUCAUUUCCAUGUUUCUAAACAUCACAGAAAGCAUUAUAACUGUUCUUGACCAGAUUACUCCAGCAGUAAACUAUGCCGUCCAUGUAGCUAACACUGAUCAUGGUCUCCAAAGCCAAAACUUCAUGGAAGCCAUGAUCAGCGCUGUGGGUGUGCUUCUGGAGAGUGUGUCGAAUCAGACACCACCUCUACCUCAGGAUGUGAUUCGUGGUAUUUUUGGUGCUUUUCAUGGUUCACUCCAACUAAUCCUGAACCCCAACAUGAGCAACGCACAAUCUGGAAACCUCACACAGGAGACUAUUAAUCAAGUGAAUGGAGUAAUGCAAGCUCUCUUGCCAGUGGAGGCAAAUGAGGUGCUGGUUCCCAUCUCAAACAUCCUUUUUGCCUAUUUGCCAUCCUUCUUGCAACCUGGUGGACCUGAAAAAUGGCAUGAAAUGAUUCCAAAUGUGAUGACAGAUCUUCAGGAUUCACUGCCAUCAAACAGCACAUCACAGUCCAUCGUUUCCAUGUUGCUAAACGUCACAGAUUUCAUUCUGAACCCAAAUGGGGACAACAUGACAGAAGACUGGAUUGUUAACCAACUGACAAGCAUAUCUAAUGAGACAGUAGAUCUACCUCUGGAUGUGGUUCACAACAUUCUUGGUUGUUAUUAUGGUUUCCUUCAGUUGAUUGGAAACCCCAAUAUAAGUUUCGCUGAAGCUACCAACCUCACGCUGGACCAUGCCCAAAAGUUGGAUGAAGUACUUUAUGCUCUUUUGCCUGGGGAGGCAACUGAAGUUUUGAUUCCCAUCACAAAUAGCUUUUUCAGUUAUCUGAAUAACAUCUCCCAACCUGGUGCAACUGAUGAAUGGGAUGAAAUUACAUUAAAUAUGAUUGAAGAACUCCAGAGUUCCCUACCAUUGAACAACACAGCACAGCCCAUCAUUUCCAUGUUUCUAAACAUCACAGAAAGCAUUAUAACUGUUCUUGACCAGAUUACUCCAUCAGUAAACUAUGCCGUCCAUGUUGCUAACAUCGAUAAUGGUCUGCAAAGCCAAAACUUCAUUGAAGCCAUGAUCAGUGUGUUGGGUGUGCUUUUGGAGAGCGUCUCUAAUGAGACAGCACCUCUACCUCAGAAUGUGAUCCAUGGUAUUUUUGGUGCUUUUCAUGGUUCACUCCCACUGAUCCUGAACCCCAAUAUGAGCAACGCACAAACUGGAAACCUCACACAGGAGGCUAUUAUACAGCUGAAUGAAAUAAUUCAAGCUCUCUUGCCAGCAGAGACAAAUGAGGUGCUGGUUCCCAUCUCAAACAUCCUUUUCGCCUAUUUGCCGACCUUCUUGCAACCUGGUGGACCUGGGAAUUGGACUGAAGUGAUACCAAAUGUGAUGACAGAUCUUCAGGAUUCACUGCAGUCAAACAGCACGGCGCAGUCCAUCAUUUCCAUGUUGCUAAACGUCACAGAUUUCAUUCUGAGCCCAAAUGGGGACAACAUGACAGAAGACUGGAUUAUUAACCAACUGACAAGCAUAUCUAAUGAGACUGUAGAUCUACCUCUGGAUGUGGUUCACAACAUUCUUGGUAGUUAUUAUGGUUUCCUUCAGUUGAUUGUAAACCCCAAUAUGAGUUAUCCUGAAGCUACCAACCUCACGCUGGACCAUGCCCAGAAGUUGGAUGAAGUACUUUAUUACUUUUUGCCUGUGGAGGCAACUGAUGUGUUGGUUCCCAUCACCGAUACCCUUUUCAGCUAUCUGAAUAACAUCUCCCAACCUGCUGCAACUGAUAACUGGAAUGAAAUUGUACUAAAUGUGAUAAACGAACUCCAGAAUUCCCUGCCAUCGAACCACACAGCACAGCCCAUAAUUUCCAUGUUGCUAAACAUCACAGAAAGCAUACUAAGCUCCAAUGAGGGAAACUUUACUACCAACUGGUUUGCCAACCAGUGGAAUGCAAGCUUUGCAGAUGGCACAACAUCCAUGAUGGAGCUUGACCAACUAAUCCAAUCCCUGCUCUCGCCAGAAGAGAUGGCCUUCUUCGCCAUUUCUCAUCAGGUGUCUCAGCAACUAAACAAUGCUCUACAGGUCGCCAGCACCGAUGGUGGUCUUCAAAGUGAAAACUUCAUAGGAGCCAUCAUCAGUGCUGUGAGUGUGGCUUUGGAGAGCAUGUCCAAUGAGACCGGACCUCUACCUCUGGAUGGGAUUGUUGAUGCUUUACACGGUUCACUCCAACUGAUCCUGAAUCCCAAUAUGAGCUACGCCCAAGCUAACAACGUCACACAGGAGAUUGUCCAAAAUGUGGAGGAAAUUAUUGAGGUGCUUCUGCCGGCAGAGGCGAACGAGGUGUUGGAACCCAUCACAAACAUCAUUUUCACCUAUUUGAAGACUGUUUCCAGACCUGGUGGAUCUGACAAAUGGAAUGAAGUCAUCCUAAAUGUGUUAAAAGAGAUACUGGAUUCUCUCCCAUCAAACAGCACAUCUCAGUCCAUCAUGUCUGUGGCUUUUAAGGUCAUUGAGUACGUUCUGAGCCCACAUCAAGGCAAUAUAAACCUCUGGGACAACUUUGGAAACUAUAGUCUUGGCAACAUCAGUGAAAUAACAGAACAGCUGGUCGAGUUCAUAAGUUACGUGACACCAUUCAUGAAUGAGUCCUCUGAGACCGUCACUGAAGCUGCAGCUGUGCUGGUUCAGAUCCUCUCUGGCAAUGCCGACCAAGACACCUUUGACAAGUUGGAGAAAAUGCUGGCGGAUCUCUUGUCAACUUUCAAUGAAACUGAAAUGUGGGAGUCAUUGCCCUCUGUUGUGUCCACAAUGCAGAUGAUCAUGGUCAACACUACUCAAAACAUGACGGCGCAAACAGAUUUCUUCUACACACUUCAGGGGCCGUUGUCCAGCCUUCUGACUGACAUUUUUCAAGCCGUGAACGCAAGCGGCUUCACUGUUCCGCAGAUUGUUGGUGGAUUGCCACAGGCGCUUCUGUCAACAACAGAAGUUGCUGUACAGGCUGGUUUGGAGCAUCAAAGCUUAAACUGCAGCCAGAUUGAGCAGAUAUGGCAGGAGAUCGUUCAGGUUGCUGGAAUCAGUGAAGAUAAUGUUGUCUCAUGGUGUAACAUCAGUCUACAGCCAGUCAUUGCAGCUUUUAAUACACCAGAAUAUGCAGCAACAAUUCACAAUAUGACGGAGAUGGACCCUUUGUGGGUGAACGCCACGGCAGAAAUGAUAGUCCAGUCGCUGGAGAUGCUUUACGAAGCUGGUUUGAACCACACCAUUGCUAGUGAACACCUAAUGGAAACCCUGUUAUAUUACACAUCGACUUUGUCCAACCUUUCUGUGUCAGAAAUAACAAACCUGUCUGACUGGAAUGCCCAGCUUUAUCAAAGCAUGUCCACAAUGGAAAUGGCUCUGGACCAAAUUGGUACAGAGUAUCCCUGGACGACGCCAUACAUCGAGGCAAUUGAACAAGCCAUGGAGUACUUCCCACAGAGUCUUCUACAAAAUUCAACAUCUGAACAAGAUAUUGUCAUGCAUGCUUUAGAGAUCGUCCUAACUGGAAUGAACUUUACAGAGGACUCCAUCGAAUCUAUCCUUGGUGGGAACGUACACUCCAAUGAAAGCACAGUUGACAAUAUUAUAAAAGAUGUAAUCCAACAAAUCAUUCAUAUGGAAUUGCUGGGAGAUGUGCCAGUGCUGUAUGAUAUAAUGCAACAGGCUUUGUAUUUGGAAGACACGAGCGGCAUCCUAUGGAAAACUGUUGAAUUUGUCAACUGGAUAAUCUUUCCAGAAGAAACUGGAGCCAGUUUUGUCAUAGAGGCCCUGACAAAGUUUUAUGAGAUCUUAAGGCAAUUUCUGAAAUCUCUACCAGCAGCACCAUCUCCACUAAAUUGCUUUUCGGAUACCUUCAUUGACAUUGCUGGGAAUGUUUUGUACAUGAUGAAACAAAUCAGACAAACGAGUGAGCUUUUUGCUUCUGAGGAACACUACCUGAACCCGCUCCAAAUGCAGCUGGCUAAUGGACAAAACCUACGUGAUCUUUUGUCCCAUACCAGAAGCACCAGAAGCCUAGUAAGUGACGUCAAGAGGGAACCUAUUGACGACUUCCUCGACCUUCUUGACAUCAACUACAACUUCUUGUUUCUAACACUCUUAGCUCCUCCCACCACAACCGAGAUUCUGGAGACCGUCCAUGUGUUCUUUGCAAAUCCGGACCUGGCUGUCAUACUAAAGGGUCUUUCGGGAGAAAUGACUUCAGGUCAAGAGGAAACCAUCGAUGCGACACUUAAUGCGCUGACUAGCUUGACGCUCCCAAGGAAUGCAGAAACGUUUCUGGAGAUGUUCAUGAUGAUAAACGAAGAGGGAUUGAAUCUGAAAAAUCUAGAAAACAUACAAAAGCUGACAGAAAGCCUGGGAAGAAUGGCUGAUGUGGCCACGGUGAUAUCGGAGAACCCCUCUUUAAACGUUGCAGAAAGAAUUAAGCCUGUGGCUGAACAACUUCAAGCUUCAGUGUCAACCAUUCUCUCAUCUGAAAGAAAUGGCAACACUGCAGUCAAGUUUCUCAAUGCUCUCAAUACCAUCCUUGCUGAGAAUUUUCAGGAAAUCGCAUACAUCAACCCUCAGGCCUCUGGCAUUCUUCAAAACGUGAUCGGACCAUUUUCCAGUCCAGGGUCGGAAAUGAGCGUAACACCCUUUUUGACAGCUGUCGACCAAACAUCUGAAGCCUUCUCCUCUAUGCUGUCUGGAGAUGAAGCGGUGUAUUUCAACAUAUCUAGACAAAUGCUCAAAGCCUUUGCAUUGCUUGAGGCAUAUCCUAGAGAUAUAAACGAAGUCCUUUUGUCAACCAGCCUGAUCACUGACACUCUCAACAAUCUGCUUAACCUUUCCGGCAUCACAACAACUCCAAAUGGACAGCCUGUUGAAGAAGUCACCAAUUCCCUAAUCCUCAGCAGCGCGUUGGCCACCCAAAUCCUGUUUAAUCUCUCCACGUCUAACUACAACCUGAUCAACAAUGCAGAAUGGGAGAGUCUCCUGACUCAAACGUUCAAUCAGAUGUCUGCUGUUCUCCCCACCGAAACCCACGCCUACCUCGACACUGUCAAAUCCAUUCUCUUUUCUUCCCUUUCAAAUUUAUCCAGCCCUGAAGAAAUCAUGACAAACUUCCCAGAAAUCUCCCAAGAGGUUACAGGCUUUCUCUUUACCUUACUUAACGUAACAUACGAUACAGCAUCCACGCAAAUGACCCCAGACAACCUCACUUACAUCUUGAUGACCAUGUCAAACCAAGUGUCCCAGAGCCUUUACGAAGGCCUUACGGCGACCGAUUACCCUAUCCAAUUUUCACAAGUGCUAAAUUCUUCAAGUAAUGCUGUAAUAGCUUUAUACUCUAUAAUGCCUGAUGAGGGAAUACCAUAUCUCAAUAUGACGGUCAACCUCAUGGAGACAAUGUCCACUGUCGUUAAUGAAAGCUCUUCUGGGAAUGUAGAUCAGGCAGUAUCUCUACUGGUCAAUACCGUCAACAGUCUUCUUGCCAUGGUGCCACACAUUGAUACAAACGCCUCAAGCAGCAUUAUUGGUGACCUCGAACAGACCCUGAAUGCCAUGCUAAUGAUCCUCCAGAUGGACCAAAACCCUCUUACCCAAACAUCUGACAUAACCCAGCAGUUGAUCCACACCAUCCAGAACCUCAUCUUACUGGGCAACAACAGCAUGGAGUUGGACCUAGCCCAAAUAGUGCUGGGGGCUGCUAACAUGAGUAUUGACCAUCUGCUGAUGAUAAAUGAAACCAACUGGAAAGACGAGGUUGCAUCAGUGGUGAUGAAUCUAGCCAACAGUUUACCAGAUGAUCUGCCGUAUUCUAGUUUCAUCAAGCCCGUCAUGAGGAGUCUGGCAAACGAAUCCCAAGAAAAUCUGCAUCUUCUGCUGCAAGUGGUGAACACGGCUUUUGAAUUCGGCUCAGCCAAUUGGAUGAAUGACAGUUCGGGUGUAAUACUCGAUCGCCUGUUGACUCAGGUGUGUGCUCUGGAAAACAUGGACUCUGUGAAGCUUAUAAGCCAGUCUUUGUAUGUGAAUCCCAAACUGCUGUGCAACUUCGCCGUUCCCACUAUCCAGGCUAUCCGUGUGCUCACGAUCGGUGUGGUGAAUGACAGCGUCAGCGUCUACGAUCUGUUUUUUCAGACGUUUGUGGGAGACCCUAGCACUUACAACACUGCAGUGGACUGGACCUCAACGCUGUCUCAGAUUCUUGGCUUUAACAUCUCUUCACUGACAACUCUCAGAAGUAUUGAUCUGCCAACUCCAGCUGAAGUGAAAGUAUCAGAGCUGCUGAAAAACACAACGCUGUUUGUUGAGGAUGUCAUGCAGCACACCAGAUUUCCUCUUGAAACCCUACUUGCACUUCUCGAUUACCCUUUGCCCAGCAGUAAUCUGCAGUUCUUGAACAUGUUGACAGACCUGCAGAAGUGUUCAGACCCCUCGUCUCUGGGACUCGACCCUGAAGGACAGGCUAUCUUGAAUACUUUCUGCUAUAUGCCAGUUAGUGAGUGGUACACCCUGACAAUUCUUCUGGUUCGGCAUGUGGACAUGAAGACGGCAUUAUUCCGGCUUAUCAUAUCCAAAGAAAUUCAGGAUUUGGUUGGAUUCAUGCUGCAGAUGCUCAAAUUCCUGACAGAUAUGAUGAGCAAGCUGUCUCCUGCCCUUACCAAACUGCAGGGCUACCUGAGUAGCAUUGGAGAUCUAAACCUGGUGGCCAACCAAGAGUUUCAUAGUCUGGUAAGAGGAAAGCGUUCCACCAUGUCGAGCAGAGCCACCUUGAGCACAGUCUCUCGCGCCUUGUGCAGAAAUGGCAUCCUGAGUCUUUUCGCCAUCACUAAACUUCCCAUCGGGACUGAUUCUGAUCCAUCCGUCCAGAACUACCACGAGAGAGAGCAACUCAUUGAGAAGUUUAAAAUCCCACAAAAUGCCAGUCCCUUCUGUAUGAACCUCUAUUUGGAUAUGGUGAACACAACAGGGGGUGCUGUGGCCUGGGCGUUCCUCAAGCCCAUGCUGUUGGGACAAGUCCUGUACUCCCCAGACACGCUAUUGACAAGAGAAGUCAUCAGAAAGUCAAAUUCAACACUGAAUCAGUUUGGUGAUCUGAAGCUGUAUGCUGCGGAGUGGUUACAGUCAUCAGCCUACGUUAUGCAGUCCGCUGACAUCCUGGCGAAAACGUUGCCAAUUCUUCAGAACUCUCUACGCAGUCCGUUCGUCCAAAACUUCAUUCAGGUUGAGACUGGUAUCGAUGUCGCACAGUUGAGUGCCACGCUCAACCAAUUCUCGAACAUGACUGUGCUGUUGGAAAAAAACAAGUUCAUCAUGGAUCAGAUCACCACCCUUUCCAACCUGAUGAUGAAUCUCUCCUCCUGUGUGAACUUCGACCGAUACAGAGGCUUCAACUCUUCCGACGACCUCGACGUACAAGCCCAGAAACUGGCUCAAAACCGAGAGCUAUACGCCAGCGUCAUCUUCAAACUUCCCGCGGAGCCCUUUAACUCCAGCCUGCCACCUGCAAUUGACUACACCAUCCGCAUGAACAUCGAAAACUCGAUGCGUACCGACCGUGUGCGAAAUCCCUUCUGGGUAAAGGAUGCCUACAUCUCCGCCACUAACACCAUGCGGUACAGCAGAGGCUUUGUGUACCUACAGGAGAGCAUUGAGAGGUCCAUUAUUGAAAUGCAGACACGCAAACCCAUGGACGGGCCCGCGGUACAGAUCCAGGCCUUCCCGUAUCCCUGUUACUACAAAGAUGAAUAUCUAAACAGCAUCGCUUUUGCCUUCCCAAUGGCGCUCAUGAUUUCUUGGGUUCUGUUUGUUGCCAACUUUGUAAAGAAACUCGUCCACGAGAGAGAGCUGCGACUGCAUGAGUACAUGAAAAUGAUGGGCGUCAAUCCCAUGAGCCACUUCUUCGCCUGGUUCAUCGAGAGCGCGGGGUUCCUGCUGGUCACUGUUGUCAUGCUCACCAUCAUUUUGAAAGCCGGCGGGAUCCUCCCUAAAAGCGAUGGCUUUGUGCUCUUCGUCUACUUGUGUGACUACGGCCUCAGCGUCCUCGCCAUCAGCUUCCUGGUCAGCUCCUUCUUCGAUAAGACCAACAUCGCCGGGCUGAGCGGCAGCCUUAUCUACGUCAUCUGCUUCUUUCCCUUCAUCGUGCUGAUUCACCUGGAGGACAACCUCUCGUUCUCUGUGAAGAGCGCUCUGAGUCUCUUUUCUCCGACAUGCUUCAGUUAUGCCAGUCAGUAUAUCUCACGCUAUGAGAAACAGGAGGAAGGCAUCCAGUGGAGCAACAUGUACGUUUCUCCUCUGGCUGGUGACACCUCGUCUUUCGGUUGGCUCUGCUGGCUGCUCCUUAUUGACUCACUGGUGUAUUUCAUCAUCGGUGUUUACAUCCGCAUGGUUUUCCCAGGAAAGUAUGGCAUAGGAUAUCCCUGGUACUUCCCUUUUACGCGCGCCUUCUGGGCAGACGUGUUCAGCUGCUGUAUCAAAUCACCAAAGAAGAUUGGCAGAGGGUUGCUUUUUACUAACAUGAUGCAGGAACACAACAGUAAUGACAAGAGCAAAGGAAAAAGUAACGGCUUAGCUAAUGGAGAAGAAGACUUUUCACAGUUGCCAGUGGGUGUCUCGCUGUACGGCCUCACGAAGACUUAUGACAGCCGGCAUGCGGUAGACAAUCUGAACCUUACUUUCUACCAGGGCCAUGUCACAUCUCUGUUGGGUCACAAUGGUGCUGGAAAAACCACAACAAUGUCACUUCUGACAGGCUUGUUUUCACCUACCUCUGGCACCAUUGAGGUGUAUGGAAUGGAUAUGCAGACGUUUAUAGAUGAUGUGCGUAAGGAGAUGGGCGUAUGCAUGCAGUAUGAUGUCCUUUUUGACCACCUUACCACCAAGGAACACCUGCUGUUAUACGCUCAGAUCAAAAGCCCCCAGUGGACUAAACAUGAAGUGAACGAACAAGUGCGGAAAACCCUAAAGGAAACAGGCAUGUAUGCCCACCGCCAUAAACGUGUCGGCACCCUAUCAGGUGGUAUGAAGAGAAAGCUAUCCAUCUCUAUCGCCUUCAUAGGAGGCUCUCGGCUGGUGGUGCUGGAUGAACCGACCACAGGGGUGGACCCUUGCUCUCGACGAAGCAUCUGGGACAUUGUCCUUCAACAUAAGCAAGAACGCACCAUCAUUCUUUCCACCCAUCACCUGGAUGAAGCUGAAGUUCUGAGCGACCGUAUCGCCUUCCUGGAGCGCGGAGGCUUGAAAUGCUGUGGUUCUCCGUUUUACCUCAAAGACAAGAUGGCUAAAGGCUACAACCUCACUCUUACAAAGAGGGUUCAGUCUCUUGAUUCAAAAGAGAAGUUUGACGGUGAGCAGCUGAAGGAGUUUAUUCAAUCCUACAUGCCUGAGGCACAGCAGAAGGAGGGAGACGUGGGCGAUUUGGUGUACUCCCUCCCGCCGUACAGCCUCCAGAACGCCGCCGCGUACCAAUCCCUGCUCACCAGUCUGGAUCAGAACCUGGACAAGCUUCAGCUGGGCUGCUACGGCAUAUCCGACACCACCCUCGAAGAGGUCUUCCUGCAGUUGACUCACGACGACAUGGAGCCCGAAGUAAGCAGCCUCCACUCCGUGUCCGAGUCUGUGGUGGUAACUGACAUGUUUGCUUCGAGAGACAGUAUUCCAGAUGACCUCAACAGCACGUACCUUGGAGAGAAAGCCAGUCUCACCGGUAGCUCAACUGUGAGCGGUGUGGCCCUGACCGCACAGCGCGUGAUGGCCAUGUUGCUGAAACGCGUCCAUCACUCCAAGAGGGAUUGGAAAGGUCUGUUUUCCCAGGUGCUGCUCCCUGUGUUCUUCGUAAUUGCUGCUAUGGGCCUGGGCUCUAUCAAGAGUGAUCUUCAGCACUUUCCUGAAAUGGAGCUGUCACCUGCUCUGUACCACGUUGAUGAACAAUAUGCUUUUUUCAGCAAUCAGAAUCCCAACAGCAGCAGUCUUGUCGAUAUCAUGAUGUCCUAUCCAGGCAUUGACCACUUCUGCAUGAAAGACCCCAGUAACCCGAUUUGCAUAGACAGGCAUAACACAGAACCCCAGACCUGGAUCUCCAAAGGCAACAGAUCGAAUACGUUCUCCACCUGCAAGUGUAGCAACCAAAUGCAGUCAUGUCCUGCGUCAGGUUACGAUCCACCUCACAUGCGAAAUCCAUCAUCCCAGAUUGUCUUCAACUUGACAGGCAUCACAGUAGAAAACUAUCUGCUGUCCACCGCAAAUGACUUCAUUAGAAACAGAUAUGGGGGCUGGGACUUCGGAAGCCCACUCCCUGUUGAUCUCAAGAUGGAUAUGGUAGACGUACCAAAGAACAGAACUCUUGCAAAGGUUUGGUAUAAUUCAGAAGGCCAUCACACCGCGCCUGCUUACAUCAACAGCCUGAAUAACUUUCUUCUGAGAUCCAGUCUGCCACCUGAAAAACGACAAAAAUACGCUAUCUCAGUAUCCAGCCACCCAUACCCUGGCCAAGUUCAAAGCGAAGAUGUCAUGGUGGGAAGUCUGGUUAGCAUCCUGGUCGCGCUCUGUGUCCUCACCGGCUACUCCAUCAUGACUGCCAGCUUUGUCAUCUAUGAGGUUCAGGAACAUCACUCCGGUUCCAAGAGACUCCAGCAGAUCUCGGGCAUCAGCGAGCCUUUUUACUGGAUCCUCAACUUCUUCUAUGAUAUGACUCUGUACAUGGUUCCUGUGCUCCUCUCAGUGGUUAUGGUGGCAGCGUUUCAGCUCUCCGCCUUCACAGACAGAAACAACCUCGGCGCAGUCACUCUUCUGCUGGUGCUAUUUGGCUUUGCCUCCUUCCCUUGGAUGUACCUGAUGUCUGCCGUAUUCAAGGAUGCAGAGAUGGCCUUCAUCGGCUAUGUUUGCAUCAAUCUCUUCAUCAGUGUCAACACCAUCAUCUCUACUUCCAUUAUUUACUUUCUCGGUCAGCUCAACCCUAAUGAUCUGGGUGUCCAGAAUGUGUACCAAACCAUGAGCAACGUGUUUCUAGUCUUCCCUCAGUUCAGCUUUGGGAAUGGGCUGAUGGAGCUGACACGGCUUGACAUGCAGGUCCAGAUCCUAAAGGGUUACGGGGUGGACGCCUACAAAGACCCCUUCAGCAUGGACGUGCUGGGCUGGAUGUUCAUCUCCUUGUUCCUGCAAGGUUUCAUCUGCUUCACACUCCGCCUCUUGCUUAACAAAUCACUAAUUCGCAAAGUCAGGCGGUUAAUCUGUCCUAAGAAUAAUGUUGUUCAGAGCUACAGCCCCAAUGAUGAUGAAGAUGUGAUAGCCGAACGCCAUCGAGUGGAAAGAGGAGCUGCAAGUGCAGAUAUUCUGCAGCUUAACCAGCUAACUAAAGUCUACCAGCAACUGAAGAAAAGAGUUCCGGCUGUAAAGACUCUGUCUGUGGGAAUCCCAGCUGGAGAGUGCUUUGGAUUGCUGGGAGUCAAUGGUGCAGGAAAGACCACCACCUUCAAGAUGCUGACAGGAGACAUUAGCCCUACCGAUGGCUCAGCAAAGAUCCUUGACAUUGACGGGAGAAUGGUUGACAUCAUAGACUGCAGGAGGGAGGGGAUAAACAUUGGUUACUGCCCCCAGGUGGAUGCUCUCGAUGACCUUCUGACUGGAGAGGAACAUCUCUAUUUCUACUCCCGCAUCAGGGGCAUUUCCAAAAGAGAAAUUGACCGGGUUGUGAACUAUCUGCUGAAAAAGAUGGAGCUGAAUUACCACAGACACAACACAAGUGAGAGCUACAGUUGUGGCACACGUCGAAAACUUUCCACGGCUCUUGCCCUGAUCGGAAACCCACAAAUCCUUCUACUGGAUGAACCCAGCUCUGGAAUGGACCCACGAUCCAAACGUCACCUUUGGAAGAUCAUCCAAGAGCAGGUGAUGGGCAAAUGCGCAGUGGUGCUGACAUCACACAGUAUGGAGGAGUGUGAGGCUCUGUGUACCCGUUUGGCUAUAAUGGUAAAAGGAGAGUUCAGAUGUCUCGGCUCACUGCAGCACAUCAAGAACAGGUUCGGGAAAGGAUUCACGGUUAAAAUGUACUUAGCUGAAGCCUCCUGUGAUGUCGAUAUGAUCAGUAACUUCAUGGAGCAAAAUUUCCCAGGCGUGUGCCUAAAGGACCAUCAUUCCAACAUGGUCGAGUAUCACGUGCCUGUUGCUACUGGUGGCGUGGCCUCCAUCUUUAACCAGCUGGAGUCCAACAAGGCUGUACUGCAAAUCAAACACUUUUCGGUCAGCCAGACCACAUUGGAUGAGGUUUUCAUUGACUUUGCUAUGGGGAAGGCGGACCCGGACACACAGGAACUGACUGAAGGCUCGGACAUUGACAGUUUAGACUCCUACAACGCUUCUGACACAUAAACUACUCGAUUUGCACUCAAUGGCACAAAAUGAACCAUAAAAAAGAAAUUAAUUUAUACAUAUAGGAACUUAUAUAAACUAUGUUAUGUCUUGGUGUCUGAUUUGUAUGAAGGGCAAAAAAAGCAUUUUUAUUUUUGUUUUUAGAUAAUGAAAUCUCCAAAUAUCUUAUGAAUAAUUAUUGAAGAAUCAUAUUUCAUUCAAUUUUAUUUAUUUAGCAGUUUUACAGAAAAGCAAAGAACACCAAAAGCAAGGCAGUUUUGGGAUGGAGUAUUUGAAGUUACAUUAUAUAAAAAACGAAUAAUUAAUAUGAAGGAUUUGUUACUUCUUUUUUGCUCUUCCAAACAUUCUUGUUUCAAAUGAAUAGACAUGCUAUGAAAGUAUUUUUCAUUAUGGCAAUAAAUUAUUCUCUUUAUAGAAACCAUACAUUUGUAUCACCUUUAAAUAAAAUAGGCCAAGCUAUAUGCAGAAACUCGACAUUAUUUGUUUACAUGCUGUAGAAGCAUUACCUGCUAUAAGGUAAAUGAGUAGCAGUAGUAACCUAAUUUAAAAAAAAUCUUCCUAGCUCUUCUUAAUUUUCUUACUUUAAUAAUUUAAAUGAACAACCAAAAUGUGUUACACAACGCUGGAAUGAAAUAUGUAUGCAGUGAGUGAAGAUUUUAUUCUUAAAUUGCUGGCUACAUUAACGCUGAACUUCUUUAGGGGGUUCAUAUAAAUCACAAUGACCUUUUUGGUUCCGAGAUAUAAAAUGAUUUUCAAUAUCUGCACAUCUUGACUCUCAUUAAUAGCUUCUCUGAAGGCACAUCUCCUGAGUGUGAAUGUACUGAAUAUUUCAUUGGCUCUUCUGUCUGCUUCAAGGCACGGUGCCUCUUUUAAAAAUGUACCAUGCUUAUUUUUACAUUAAAGCUAUUUUUCAAAUGCA